AUGGAAAAAAAAAAUAAUAAAAUAAAAUUAAAAAAAAUAAAAAAUAAAACUCCAGGUCCAGGGGGUUUCCAAAGACUCUUGCAUGGAGACUCUGCUAGAAAGCCCAGUGCAGACUCCACAUUUCUAGGGCUGUUCAUAAGGACUCACAAUCUUAAAAUCCACUUACCUAAGGCCCCACAACUGGCUCAUGUGGAGAGAAGACCUGGUGGAAAGGAUGGCCUGUGUUCCAGGCCUUCUGGAGGAAUGCUUCUAGCAGGUAGGAUCCCUCACCAGCCCUCUUCUGUGUUUAGGGACUGGUUCUUUGGGUUCAUAGGUGAGAGUUGGGCUCUCAUGUGGGAGGUGGACAAGUCUUCAGAAAGUGUGUAA